CGCAUACCAAGUCUUGUCUUUAGCCGUGCAACAUCAUUUUCUCUCGUGCAUUUCUUCUUCGAUACCCCUUUAAACCUAGACAAUCAAUCUCAAGACGCAAAAUGGCUCCGCCACUAGUAAUUCGUAAUAUGACUUCAUGCUCGAUUUCUUUGAAUAGCAUCGAAAGAUUUGAAGACCCAAAUUCCCAACAAUCAAAAGGCACUGCAUUCCCCUUUACAUCAAAGAAUACAACUUCUCUAGCGCCCCCAGCUCCGAAACUUGGUGAGCAUGCGCAGACGUUCAACCAUCAAGAUCUUGGUGUUCUGCUCCCUCCGUUCCAUUCCUACACCUUAAAUCCCCCAUCUUCGGCUUCGGAUGGAGGAGACGCGCCUUCAAGCUUAGCUAGCAAAACACUUCGGCUUACUAUCCAGUCUGCUGGGGGCGAACGGUAUCGAAUCGAUACCAAUCCUACAUACACACAGAAGGCCUCUCGAGCCUUCACGCCUUUGAAUCCAAACCCGUCCACCAGUUAUACUGCGCUAUAUCAUCCAGCAAAGCCUACAUCUCACUUGACUAUACACACGAAUCACUUACGUGAUCUAUCAACAUGGAUGUCUGUCCUUCCCUCCACCUUACCGCUCUCCGCGCUGAGUAUUCCUGGAACGCACAAUUCCCACACCUACUAUCGCGCUUUACCUUCCGUAAGAUGUCAGCUUGUAUCAGUUAAAAUACAACUCGAAAACGGCAUACGGUUCCUAGAUAUUCGAGUUCAGCCCUCACACCCUACUGAUACAAACAACAAAGAUCUCUAUUUAGUUCACGGGGCUUUCCCAAUAAGUUUGACCGGAACGAAGUACUUAGAGCCAGUUCUUAAGACAUGUUAUGAGUUCCUCGAAAGCCAUCCUAACGAGACGAUCCUGAUGUCCCUGAAAAGAGAAGGAGUCGGCAACUCUACAGACGAGCAUCUCUCCCAGGUCUUGGAAAAGCACUAUCUGACUCCCAACAAAGAUAAGUGGCACACCGGUUCUGAUAUUCCCUAUCUUGGCGAUGUGCGAGGAAAGCUUGUCCUAGUCCGUCGUUACAACCUUCACGAAUCCCUCAAAACUGCUCCCGAUAAUGAUGGCUAUGGACUCGAUGCAAUUGAAUGGCCAUACAAUUGCACUCACGCCGUUCAUGGUCCAUUUUGCAUUCAAGAUUUCUGUGAUGUCUUGCACCCAUCGACUAUUGCCAAAAAGCUACGGUACAGCAACGAGCACCUUGUUAGGUCCGCAGAAUGCACCGCCUUCAUUCCCGGCGUCAACACCGACAAGACAAAUCCAGUUCCUGCUGGGCCCCUGUACUUGAACUUUCUUUCUGGAAGCAACUUUUGGAGGAUGGGGUGUUGGCCCGAUAAGAUUGCGAAGGUUGUGAAUAGAGGUAUUGAGGAAUGGAUAUGUAUUGGGCACCAUCUCGAACAUCCUGCAUCAUCUUCUGGAGAAUCUGCAAGAGAUGGAGCUGGGGAUACAGAGUUAGAUGGAAAGAUUGUCCAAGGAGGCAUUGUUCGUAAGGUGAAGGCGGGCGAUGGGUGUACUGGAGUUGUUGUCAUGGAUUGUGUGGGUGAUGGUGGGGAUUGGGAUCUAGUCAAGAUGAUUGUGGGCAUGAAUAUGGGCGUUUUAAUGAAGACGGGCGACACUGAGGGAAAGAGGACAUAACAUCGACAUACUCUUAGCCUUCCGCCACUCAGGGUGUAUCUCGAAUUGCACACCCAACCUUGUCCAAGUUAGAGCGCUGCACUAACGAACCAAUCAGACCCUAUCUAGCACCAUCAUCACGGUAAAGAGUCAACGAGCGCUCCGGCAAUUCAAGGUUCCAUCAUACCACCUCUUCGGUGGUGUAUUCCGGUGAGGCACUACAUGAACACUGGAAGGCUGCCAAGGAAUCCGAUUUCCCGAACACGCAAGGCUGAGAAGACUGAUGGGAGGUGGGGUUUGACCAGACGAUAUAGAUGGGCCAGGCUUGCCCGUGUAAAACUAGCCUCUUCAGCCUUCUCAACAACACAACAACUCUUUAUCAGCGUCUUGAAUGCAUUGAAAAAAAUUUUGUCGAACGUUCUCUUACUCAGCCUCCGAAGCCGC